UGUGACAGAGUGUGACAGGCGCGACUUUCAAGAAAAGGUUCUUCUACCUAUCGAUAUCAUCAAGGACAUUCUUCCAGCAUGUCGUCGGAUUCCGGACAGCUCUCCUCUGGCGCAAGCUCCUACGCUUCCGACUCUGACGUCGAAGUUAGAUUGAUUGGCGGCGCCAGUACCUCAAAGAAGCGCAAAUCAACGGAGUCCUCUGAAGCAAAGAGACUGGGCGUUUCCAAGGCGAAGAAGUUCAAGUCAGCUUCCGUUGUAGCUUCAUCUGACAUCGAGGAUGAUAUCCCAUACGACCCUGUCAAUCCUUUUGUAUUUGGACAGGGAAGCUACAUUUCACAUCAGAAACCCCUCGACUCGGAACGCCAAGGGCCAUCCGCUAAAUCCAAGAGCUUGUUCUCUGAUAAUGAGGAUUCUAAACCGGAGAAGAAAUCCACGCCACUGAAGCCAAAGGCUGUCGCUCGUGAUAAACAGCGCUCGAAACCCAAGUCGAAGCCUGUCGAGGAUGCUGGGGGUUCUGGUGACUCAAAUAUGGAGAAUAAGCCACCUAUUUCGCAGAAGAAGACUACGACCAAAGAGAAGGAAUCCAAAUCUAGCCGGGCGCCUUCAACGAAGAAAGUAGCUGACAAGAAACCAUCGGACAAAGACGAUGCCACUAUCAAGCGAUUGAAGUCCUUAGUUCUAGCAUGCGGUGUGCGUAAACCAUGGGCGAAGCUUUUCGAAGGCGUCGAUCGACCGUCGCAGCAGAUUAAAACCAUCAAGGAUAUCCUCACCGAGCUGGGCAUGAAGGGUCGGAUGAGCAUGGAACAAGCCAAAGCCAUCCGAGAAAAACGAGAGAUGGAGCAAGAACUAGCUGACGUCCAAUCCUUUGAGAAAUCAUUCGUAAGCCGCUCGUCGCGGAGCCGCGCCACGGCAGAGAAGAAGGCAGUUGAAUCUGACCAAGAUGACUCUGACGAAGAGAUAACUGAAAAGCCUGUGAAGCGGAAGAUGUCGGCCAGGCAGAGUAUUAUGGCCUUCUUAGGCGAUGAUAGUGAAUGAAGGAGUAUCGAGCCGCUCUCGACCGUGACUCUCGCACCGUUCAUGUAUAAUGUUAUUGAUUCACUUACACUAAAUCCGCAUCCCAACCUUUACAUCGGUUCAUAAUAUGUUCCAGACGGUCUGCUCUU